AACAACCCUUAAAUCGGCUCAGAACCGAACUCGUGUUCACUCGCACAACAUGAAACAAAAAGUCCACUGAGCUGACGGAAGGUUCGAGAAAAAUCCACUGUCGAGAGAUCGCCGGCGUAAAAUGGCAUCAGGAUGGGGUAUAACGGGGAACAAAGGGAGGUGCUACGAUUUUUGGAUGGAUUUCAGCGAGUGCAUGUCCCGUUGCCGGGAGCCCAAGGACUGUGCUCUGCUCCGUGAAGACUAUUUUGAGUGCCUUCACCACUCCAAAGAGUUCCAACGCAGGAAUCGGAUCUACAAGGAGGAGCAGCGCCAGCUGAGAGCAGCUGCACAGAAGGCCAAGGGAGGUGGAGAUGAUGGUCAUCACUGAUAAUCAUUAUUGGUGAUCUUUUUUUAAUCGGUUGGAAGAUGGAAGGAAAUUAAUCAAUUUUCUUGAGAACUUGUUGAAAAUAAAAAAAUAAAUGAACUGUAUUAUGUGUUCUGGAACGAUGAAAACAUGAACGUAAAUGUAUUUCUUGGUGCAAAAAAGGGGGUAAAUUUGUUUUCUUUGUGUUGAGACAUUUUGGUCCUUGCUAGUUUCCUCUUGCACUUUGGCAUUAUAUUCAAUUCUUUGAUUGUUCUUCA